AUGGUCGAUUCGGAGUCCUGGCCCAAGCUGCCAUUUGCCAAGACCAAGGCGCGAGUGCUCUCCAGGACCGCCCGCAGCUCCGCUCAACUGUCCAUUCUCUAUGCUGACGCGUAUCACGCCCUGAAGCUACAGGUCAUCAUGAAUCUGGGCAUCUACCGAGUGGAAUUUUCCACUCUUUUUGCCAUUAUUCUUUUGGCCUGUCUUAUUGGCCAAUCCUCUGCAUCCUUGGGCGACCACCUCCCUGAUUUCAGAGAAUGUGUCCAGGUUUGUAAAACGGAGAAUUGUCAGAACGGAAAUUCGGUGCUUCCUUUGCACCACCGUUUGCUAUUAUGGACCUGCCCGGCUGAGUGCGACUAUACAUGUCAACAUGUCAUUACCGAUCGUCGAGUCUCGCGCGACCCGCCCAUGCUGGCCCCGGUAGUUCAAUUCCAUGGGAAGUGGCCUUUCCGUCGACUGUUGGGUAUCCAGGAGCCCUUUUCAGUACUCUUCUCCUUCUUCAACUUCGUCGCCCAUUGGCAUGGCAUGUCCCGGAUUCAAGAGGCCAUCCCCACCUGGCAUUCGCUCCGACCCUACUACAUGAUGUUUGGGUAUAUUGGGCUGGCAAGUUGGACAUUCAGUAUGCUCUUCCACACUAGGGAUUUCCCUCUCACAGAGAAGUUGGACUACUGGGCAGCUGGCGCCAAUGUGUUGUACGGCCUCUACCUCGCUGUGGUCCGAGUCCUGCGUCUGGACUUGGAGAGCCCGCAGUACCGACCUACCUUGCGUCGGCUGUGGACAGCCAUCUGUAUCCUGCUGUACACCAUGCAUGUCUGUUACCUCACCUUUUGGUCGUGGGAUUAUACGUACAACAUGGCUGCCAAUGUCGCAGUUGGAAUUGUCCAGAAUUUACUGUGGACCGGCUUCAGUAUUGUUCGUUACCAGAAAUAUCUUAAAUCAUGGACCGCUUGGCCUGGUAUGAUUGUGGCAUGGAUCAUCCUGGCCAUGAGCCUGGAGCUGCUUGAUUUCCCUCCUUGGCAUGGAUUGAUUGAUGCACAUAGCCUGUGGCAUCUGGGCACUGUGGUCCCAGCCGUGUGGUGGUAUUCGUUUCUCAUCAAGGACACGCAGGACGACAUUGCAGGUCACCGGUUGAAGGCAUGA